AUGAGCAUUGUUAAUACAGAAGAUACUCCAGCAGUCUUGGUUAUUUUUCAGUUCGACAAGGAAUUAUGUAAGACAUUCAACAACAGUGUAGUUCGUCAGAAAAGUGUAAUGAAAAGCUAUGGGAACGGUCAGUUUGUUGGUUUCGCUGAAGAAGUUGUUUGUUUAGACGGUGACUGGAAACGCAAUACAACAGUUGGCUUUCUACAUUUUGAUUCUGCUAUGGCAGCUCAGAGAUGGCUUAUCAGUGAUCCAAUAGUUCGUCAGCACGACUGGUUGGAUGAUGCAGAAAUAUGGAUUGUACCUUUGUGUACGGAAAUUAGACUAUGGAAUUAUUUGCAAUUGAGUUUAUUUAACUCAAUUAAUGAAGACAACUUUAAGAACCAAUAUUUACCUAAAUUUGAAGAAUCAGUAUCAAAAUUUGGAGGAGUACCAUUUAUUAGUUCAACUCCCUAUAUUGAAGUACCUCGAGGACUAAAAGAAAUUGACUAUUUAAUUAUUACUGAAUGGCCUGAUGAGGAUAGUUCUCUUAAAUGGAACCGAAGUCAAUUAUAAAGCGAUAUUGUACAGAAAAAUAAAACUUAAAAAAACUGGUAGCACGCUACAGAGAAGCGUCAAGGAUAUACUUCUAAUACUCACGAAAUAUAAACUGGAAAUUUCCUAAUUUUGAAGGACGUCGAAACAAGCUAUCCAAAAGGAGACAAAUAUGAAGGAAGCCUACAAUAAAACUUCGGGGUGAUUUAGGAGAAACUGGACCUUCAAGAAGCUUUCUCCUGAUACCCAGGAAGAAUUCUUUUCUGCUAACGUAACUAUUUUUGAGCAGAACUCCCAAGUCUAACUUCCUCCAAAGUCCUUCAGCAUGUACACUUUUUGUGAAUGUAAAAUAAAUGCUUAAAACCUAAUAAAUCCACUUUCCCUCUGAUACACUAAGUUUGAGGGAAAACCCAUAGGAUAACAUCUAUCAAAUCCAUACAUUUGACGAAAGUUAGUCAUGUUUAACC